UUACAUUGUAAUUUCAUAAGGGCGGAGGAAAAUGUCUUAUUAUUUUUUCAUUUAAGGUGAAGGGCAGAUCCUGUCUUCACUAUACCGGUUGACUAUGCUCAACUCACAGAUACAGGACAUGUCGAAGAGGUGUCAGGAUAUUUGCACACUUAGUAAAUCACCCAACCCAUCACUGGUAUAGCUGUUAUCAUGGCAACCAGUGCAGUCCCUAGCGACAACCUCCCAACAUACAAACUGGUGGUUGUGGGAGACGGAGGUGUGGGCAAGAGUGCUCUUACCAUCCAGUUUUUUCAGAAGAUUUUUGUGCCAGAUUACGACCCUACUAUUGAAGAUUCCUACUUGAAACACACAGAGAUUGAUGGCCAGUGGGCGAUUUUGGAUGUUUUAGACACAGCUGGUCAAGAGGAAUUCAGUGCCAUGCGAGAGCAGUACAUGAGGACUGGUGAUGGUUUCCUUAUUGUGUUCUCUGUGACGGACAAGGCCAGCUUUGACCACAUUGACCGCUUUCACCAGCUCAUCCUACGAGUGAAAGACCGGGAGUCUUUCCCCAUGGUCUUGGUGGCCAACAAAGUGGACCUGGUUCAUCUGAGGAAAGUGACAAACGAACAGGGUUGUGAGAUGGCUGCCAAACACAACAUUACCUACAUUGAAACAAGUGCCAAGGAUCCCCCAAUGAAUGUGGACAGAGCCUUUCAUGAACUGGUCAGAGUUAUUAGACAACAAGUUCCAGAGCGGAGUCUGAAAAAGAAGAAAAAAAUGAAGUGGAGGGGAGACAGAGCCAUGAAUUCUCACAAGCUUCACUGUGUGAUGUUGUGACGAUCUCUCCUGUUGAAAUUACAAGUGUUUGGCAUGAUAAACUGCCACAGAACACCGAAUGGAGAUCUGCACUAAUAAUAGAGGACCACAGACUUUGAGUAUCAAAAAACUCAUAUGAAGUCAAACAAUCUCUUCCUGUCUCAGGGAGUCAUGUUAGGAGAGUCAAGGGAUCACUGCACUCAACCAGGCCAAGGAGGAGCUAACUUAAUAUCCUGAAAGAGACAUAUUGACCUUACCAGCCAGGACACAUCAAGUAAUUUACCUGUCCUCACUGAAAGCAAAAAUGCUGCAUGAAGCAACAAAAUCACAGCCAAUCAGAACCUGACUGAUUUUGAAUAGAUACAUAUGUUAAGCUGGAUUUUGGACCAAUGAGAUUUCACUGUGGGCAGGGCUUUCCAGUGAGGCAAAAGUGUGACAAAAUGUCACAUAUUAAUUGUCGCAGUCGUGGUCGGUUCAUAACAUUUUGGCUUACAUGGAAUCGUACAUUUAUCAAUUAAAUCGGUGGAGCAGUUCCACUUCUAGUCGCUAGUGAGUGUUCCUACUGCACAAUAGUAUCCAACUGUAUCAGUAGGUGGAUAACAUGAGGUCCACAUUUAUUUUCAUUGGUUGAUUGCUGCAUCAUGUUGCUAUUCUUUUAACUCAGUUAAACUGCUCAACUUUAUUGCAUCUAAAGUAGUCAUUGUCGCUCAUGCCGCCUCAUAUAGCCAACUCUUAUUGACUUCCAAUCACUUUGUCACUUUGUGAAUGUACCUUAUUGCUUUAUCAUGUUGUGUGGGGUUAGGACACGGUGUGACAAUUUGCACAUGGACAGCGUUAGGGCUGAAACGAUUAGUUGACGUUAUCGACACCGUCGACAAUAAAAAAUAGCUGACCAAUAUUUUUGUUGUAGAAAAGUCGUUUGAUCUCAUUUAACUUAACACGAGAUCACAUGAAACUGUAAUGAUGAUGCGUGAGAGCAGCACUGCAGUUUGUGCCUGACUGAGGAGAGAAUGAAAACAGCUCACGGUCCAGAUGCACUCUAAACUUUCCAAACAGGUUCAGGUGAUGUAGAUCACAAAGUAUGAGAGAAUAAUAAAAACUAGUAAGUAAAUACAAAAGCACUCUUGUUGUGAAAUAAGCGGAGCUGGAGCUGCCGCUCUGCUGAAGCAAAACUUGUUUGUUGAGCGUCUUUAAAGGAAACACCCCGGCAUUACAUCUUUAAUGCAGUUACAUUUAAUGCGUUAUAGCUUUAUUAAAGUUCAAAUAAUAAGGAAGCAGGUCAUGUAAAUAACUACAAACUCCAAAACUUGCAUUUCUCUGUGUGGUCAGUGCCUCUUCUAUGAGUUGCGCAAAUGUCCCGAUCUAAGGGGGAGAGAUUGAAACUGCACCCGGCCAAUGCACACUCUGUCGCAUGGACACUUAUCCCUCGAGCGUGCGUGCUUUCUUGCUGCAGCUAGAUUAGAACGUGAUGGCUCGCGACUUAUUGAAUCAUAAUAUAUGUGUCACUGUGCAUUUCUUAUGGGAAGAAAAUUGGCAAUAUGCAGCUUUAUUAAUAAGCGAUAUUUUUAAUUUAAUGAUGAGAGUUAAUGAUGGAUUGAAGUGAACAGAAAGGUGAGAGAGUGAAGUCUUCACCCCAUAAUACACUGUAACAAAAUACGUUUUUUCCAAAAAUAAUAUCUAAAACUCAUACAUUUACGUGCUGUAUUUAAAACAACAUACAUUUACUUUAGCAGCACUGCAGAAUAUUUUUUGUUAUUAUCUGAGAAUGUUGAAUAUAAUAUUAUAAAUAAAAUAUGCAUUCCUCUUGAGAGGUAGCAUAUAAGAUAUUUUUAAAUUCAGAUAUUUAGAAAAUAAGCAUAUUUUGUCUUUACUGCACUCCCAGAAGUGAGAAAAUACACUUAUAUUUAAGAUACAUUCACUUAAUGCAAGUCGAGUUUAGACAGUUUUAAAUGGAAAACGAGUGGUGGUAGUGUAGUGGGCUUAAGCACUGAACUGGUAAGCAGAAGGUUGUAGGUUCGAUCCCCACAGCCACCACCAUGGUGUACUUGAGCAAGGCAAUUAACUCCAGGUUGCUUCGGGGGGAUUGUCCCUGUAAUUAGGGCUCUGUAAGUCGCUUUGGAUAAAAGCAUCUGCAAAAUGCAUAAAUGUAAAUGUAAAACAUGACACCAACACUUGAUAACAAUAGGAUUUUUUGCAGUUAAUUUUUUUACAGAAUUACACUUCAUAAAAAGUAUUUUUUCCCUUUAAUUCAGUGAAUGUCAUUUAGAGGUAUUUUAAAAAGAUGAUUCUGACCUCUGUAUCGUUAGCAAGCACAUUUAAUACAACCGUUUAAGUCGGGGCACAAGCUGAAUAGUCGGUUAAGCGCUAAUGAGUAAUCAUUUCAUUUUGCACCGAAUAGUUGAAUAAUCGUUCUAAUAAUUGUUAGAUUAGUUGAAUAUCAAAAUAAUUGUUAGUUACAGCCCUAGACAGCGUUAACAUUCCACAUAGGAUAGGGACAUUGUUUUUUAACAAUCAAGAAGUUCUAUAACAAAGAUUAAAAUGUGCCUUAAUAAUAAAUAUUUAUUGGCAUUUAUGAAGGAGUAUGUAGCAAGUGUAACUAGUGGAGCUUAUUUAUGAUGAGGACACUUUUAUUGUCAUGUGAAUUUUUGGGAUGUCCUUAAUAUGGCCUUUAGUGUUAAGCACAAAAAGUACUGACACACAAGUACAUGACAGUACCAUUGCACUUGAUCACAAAUCCAAGUUUUGUUUUUAUUUAUUUUUAUUUUUUUACUUUUUCAGUAAGAGAUGUAUUUACUUAUGGGUUCUUGCUAUAUGGCUUGAUAGUGUUUAUACAUUGUCCUGUAAUGUCAAAUGGCUCAUUAAUUGUUUGGAUUAUGUUGCACACUCAAAGGUGCUUUAAGUAAUUUUUUGUUAUACCAUGCAUAAAAUGUAUCUUACUGUACCCCAGACAGAUGUUAUUGAAAUUAGUGUCCUGAUAAAUUAGAAUCCACAGUUAAAAUCAAGCUACAGUGGGUUUCUGCAUAGUAGAACUCAAGUAUUCAUCUGUCUGUCUCCAUAGACAUGAAACAAUGCAUAAUCGAAUAUUUCAAGGAAGGACGACAAAUAUGACAGAAUAAACCUUAUUCAUGAUAGCCCAAUAUUUGGUUUUUAAUGGAAAUGACAAGAAGGCUGUGAGGGAUAGACUUACAGUCUUUUCAAUGGAAAGGUAAAAAGCUGUAUAACGCUCCAAGAUCACAUCUGUAGUUCUUUGUAUACUGAACGUUCCCAUUGAAAGUCAAAGAUGGCGCUAGCGUGAAUAAGGUCUAAAUGUGGGGUAAAAACGUGUGGGAGUGGCCAAUGUUUUUUUAAUCAAUCAGAAAACUACCCAAAUGAUUCAGCCCUCUCUGCCUGAAUUGGUUUUCAUAUUUGGGCUUGUGGGCAUGUCUUUUUUGGAGGGCUUGUUUUGGAGAGAGUAUGUGUUGUGAAGUUAGCAAAGUGAUUGAAAUGCCUUGAGUUUUAUUGCUUAGGUUGUAUACAAUGGAAGUGAAGGUUAGAGAGAAAAAGUGUGGUUAAGAUGGGUAGAUGGGCUUGAUUUAAUGCUUUAUCAGCCUUCAUUAUUCAACAGUUUGUCAGACCUCCUGUUCCUCAGUUUCCUCUUUGUUUGGACCAAUUAAUGUGCCUGUGCUUGCAUGAUAGAUAGUCAGUUUAUUUGCCACUUGUUCCUCUAACUGCUCCCAAAGGACUGACAUGUAGAAACUCAUCCAGUCUGCUGUUAAAACCAUGGGACCCUUAAGACAAAUGAUAUGUUGUAAUGGUCAGUACAGCUUUGAUCUGCUCAUUUGUUCUUUAUAUUGACACAUCAGUAAAUAAAUCUGUGUGGGACAAUGUAUCAAAACGUUCUGUGAUCGUUUCAUUUGAAUUGAGUGUAUUGUUUCUUUUUUGGCAUCAGGUUUAGAGAUUUCAUAUCCAGAAUCUCUAUUUCAGUUUUUUUAACUAUUACAGGAGGCAUUGGUUGUUAAAAGUCACAGUGUAGAGAUGAUUUGCACAGAUGAAUACAUUAAAUUUGCACAGUGCACUAGCUCAAAGCCCUUUCCAUCUCACAGUGUUAAAUCAUCCUUAAUGAUCAUCUCUAUGUGAAAUAAAGGUUUUCAGCUGCUUUUGAAUAA